AUUAAAAAAAUCAACAGAAACUUUCCUGUAAACCAGCAGAUCGUCUACAUGGGAUGGUGUGAAGCACGGGAGCAGGACUCCCUGCAAGAUCGCAUGUACUCUCCAACAUUUCUGGCCCUGAGAGGCUCAUGUCUUUACAAGUUUCUGGCACCUCCAGUGACAACAUGGGACUGGACCAGAGCAGAGAAAACAUUUUCAGUUUAUGAAAUUAUGUGCAAGAUUCUAAAGGACAGUGACCUUCUGGACCGGCGGAAACACUGCUUCGCCGUGCAGUCCGAAUCUGGGGAGGACCUCUGCUUCUCUGUGGAGUUAGAGUCGGACCUCGCCCAGUGGGAAAGAGCUUUCCAAACAGCAACCUUUCUGGAAGUGGAACGGAUACAGUGCAAGACCUACGCAUGUGUGCUGGAAAGUCACCUAAUGGGACUCACAAUUGACUNAUAUAUAUAUAUAUAUAUAUAUAUAUACACACACACACACAUAUGGGCCAUGGCAGCCAUACGACUCACACCCUUAGCUGUACCCACUCUGCCUGCCUGCAUGGCACCUUCAUCAGGCCCUGCUGCCUCCAGAACAGCUCAGCUCACGUUCGCCUUCCCUGCAGAGGGCAAAGUGUCGCUGGAACAGCUGCAGAACCCUCUUGGCCAAAGCAUGCAUGUGGCUGCUGUACUGUGGAGGUAUAAAUUUUCUCAGCUUAAAGGUUCUUCAGAUGAUGGCAAGAGCAAAAUCAAAUUUUUGUUUCAGAAUCCAGAUACUAAACAAAUUGAAGCAAAGGAGCUGGAAUUUUCAAAUCUAUUUGCUGUUCUUCAUUGCAUUCAUUCAUUCUUUGCAGCCAAAGUGGCUUGUCUGGACCCUCUCUUUUUAGGCAAUCAGGCUGCUGUUUCUGCUUCUGCUGCGUCUGCUACCACAAGCAAAGGAAAAUACACGACUUGACAUAGGGCUGUGCAUCACCACUUGCCAUAACUGUAUAAACAGAAUAAACAUAUCAUUACUAUGGACUUCAGAAAAACAAUGAUACCACCACAUCAACAGUAAAGUCAAACUGAAAUUUCAGCAGAGAGAACUAUCAUAAGGGAUCAUAAAAGCAUUUCUAUUUUGUAAGGCAGCUGUGAAUAAUUCCAAAUGAACAGAACCAGCAUGUUCUUGCUCAGUUGAUUUGUACCAGUAUCCUGCAUUCAUCUAAAGUGGAGGCAAAAGAAUGAUUUGAAGUAUGUACAUACUAUAAAAAUUAUAAGCUACCUAUAAAUAAAAAUACCAGUUAAAUGGUUAUUUCUGUAUUUAGAUUAUUUUGUAUGCCAAAUACAUGUUGGGCCAGAUCAUGAACUAAUGCCCUAUCAUUGUAUAAGUGACAUAAAGGAGGCAAAAACCAUAUGGCAUCAAGGGGACUAGCAUGCAAAAAAUCUCAUCAAAGAAGAAUGCAUUUUCAUUUGCUCAUGUAGAUUUCCCCCUGUAUUCUCUUUCCAUGAUUUGACACUGGCACUCCAGCUUGGUUUAUCUUAUUGUAAAAUAUUUCUUAGAUUUACAAAAUAAUAAUUACAUUGACCUAUGAUAGACACAGUGUGAAAUGGGCUAUUUCUCCCUUGGAUCACUGUUACUAAAUAAUUUACUCAUUGCCAGUGUUAAACACAGAUGCCAAAAUGUGUUAAUUUAAUUAUGAAUGAAAGAAACAUUCAUGUAUGUUUUGUUCUGUCCUUCAUUUAGGGAAAUUUCUAUGUUACCUAACAGGGUUUGUUAUCAAAUUAAAGUUUCAUAAACUUCAGUGACCCUAAAAACUUCUAUAAAGAAAAUAAUGUCAAUAAAUGCAGUAUGAGAAAUAAUUCUUUGUAAUCCCAACCUUACCAGUUAAUCCUGGACUGAAAUGUCCCUAGAAAGGAGUCUCAAAACUAUUACUUAUGUUAGGUAAAUGAAAUGUUUUCAUUUUAGUAAUAUUUUAUGAGAAAAUAAGGUGAGAUAUGAAAAUAUAAUUUAAAAUUUCUAACUUACCAUGUCAUAAAAGUUAUUAUGUAAUGCCAAAUUAUUAAGGUUAUUUUAGAUAUCUUGUCUUAGGAGUGUAAAUGUGAAAGGCUGGAAAUUCAAAGGCAUCGGAAGUAUGUGUACAUAGUUCAGAUCCCAGAUAUUUCAUAACUAUUUGUGUAAUGUGGAAAUAUUCUCUGUCCUUCACUACCACACUACUGAGAGCUGCUUUUAAAUAACAAGUUGCCUAUUAAAAGAUAAAAAUUACUUUGUAUUAACACAUGUUCUCUGAAAUUAAUCAAACUAAACUAAAUCAAAUUGGAUAUUUCCUUGUGAAGAAGACCAAGCAUCAAUACUUGGUUUUAUUUUAUAUUUUUUAAAUAGGAGAAAAAUAGUCACUCAAGAAGGAAACAAAAGUACUUAUAAAAAGAGCACAUGAUCAUUAAAAUUAAAAAAUUAACAUUUCUAUAAUUAUUGUGUUAUUCAUUUUACAUCUGAUUAAUUUUUAAGCGCAUUAUAUUGAAAAGAAAAAGUGAAGGAUUAUAAUUGUAUCUGGAUAAGUGUUAAGUUAUAUCUAGGACACCUUACUAAAAGAACUGUGGCAAAUUGGACAAAAAACAGUUUUAAUAUAAUUUAUUUUGAUCCUAAAACUAAAUACAUAUCCAUAAUUUGGUUAACACUAGAAUUAUUGCUCACUAUGUAUUGGUCAAACACAACAAUCAUUCUAAAAUUAGAAGACUACUAAAAGCAGGCUUCAGUUGGACACGACUGAACUUAAAAGAGUAGAGGGAAGAUCUCCCUUAGGAUUUUAAGCAGUUGUAGCCAGUUCAUUAUCUGCUACUAACUGGAGCUAUACCUCAUUGUGCCCCACACUGGGGUAACAUCUCUCUGUCCACAGUGGGAUAAUCUGGUCUACAGACAACAGGAAAUGGCCUAGUUAGCCAAAAAAAAAGUUUUAAAACUUUAUAUAAGCGUAAUGUAAUCAUUUAAAAGUCAGAUUUUGUAAAAGCUGGAUAUUAAAAACAAAAAGACAAUUUAAUUAAAUAUCUUUUUUGUUAUAUCAUAAAGAUCUUCUAGCCUGUGCUUAUUAUGUCUAUGAUGAAGAAAAGAUGGUACACAUGAGGCACGUAUGGGUAUAUAUAUCCUUGUGCACACAUGUGCAUACACACACACACACACAUAUACAUAUAUGUAUAUAUAAAGUAAAACAUUAACCACAAAUUAUAUUAGGAGAAUAUAUUUCAAAUAUAUAUGCUUAAUGUAAUUUAAAUUUACUUUGUAAAUUAUAGCUUGAAUUAAAAUUUGUGAUAAUACCACAUGGUGUUUAUUUUUGAUACUACUGUUAAAAUAUCAACAGGCCUAACAAUUAGUGGAGUAAACACCUAUUAGAAAAUUAAUAUUCUUCUAGUUUUCAUCAGCUAGUGAAUAGCAUUUCACAUUUCAUUUUGCAUGCCAUGAUUAGCCACUGUCAUCUGUUAUAAUUUGGACUACUUGAGAAAAUUUAGAAAUGAACAAAAAAACAAGAUAAAUCUCUAUUUCUCAUGUAAUUUAGAUUUAGAUGCAUGAGAUUUACUCAUCAAAUUCUAGUUUGUAUAGAGCACAUUUUAAGAACAGAAUGCUUGAUUAUGUUAACCCUCUAGUGCCUUGGUAUAUCAUAUGUGUGUGUAUGUGUGUGUGUGUGUGUAUACAUUACACGUAUAUAUGUAUGCAUAUAUAUAUGUACACAUACAUAUAUAUGUAUGUAUUGACAUGAUUCACUGCAGUGUACAUGGUGCAAGCUCAAAGGGAAUAUUAUAUAUAGGUACUUAGGUCAGAAAACAGAGUUCAAAAAUCAUUUGAAAUCUUUCCUAACUACUACAAUAAUGUAUUUUGCCUGACAAAAAAAAACAAUUAAUUUAAUUGAAGUAUAUUAAAGAGGGGCAUUUUUAAUUUAUGUUGCAAUAAGUAUUUUUAAAUAAUUUAAUAGAUAAUGUAAGUGUAGUGUGUACUCCAACAUUUAUCAUCCAACACUAUUUCUAAGAGAGAAUAGUCAGCUAAUCAUUUCUUGCCCAUUUUUCAGGCAUAUACCAACUUAUAGCUUUAAAGCCUGUGCUUGCAAAACUGUCACUCAGCAAGAAAGAAAGUAAUUUCUUGGAAAAAAAAAAGGUCAAAUUCACAUUAACCAUGUAAGCAAAUAAAUUUUCCUCUGGGUGCAUUAAUUUAUAAAGUGACAUUUCUCUCACAACAACAAAGCUUGUUUAUAAACUGUCUACAUUCAAUGUUGGAUAUGAGAGAAGCUUGAUUUAUUGCUGUGGAAAAAUAAUAAUCCUAACAAUUAUUUAGAAUUACUGCUAGAAAUCAGCAGUGUGGAGAAGCUUUAAAAUCACAAGGAUAAUCUUGUGCUUAAGUUUUUAAGGUAAGUGUAUAUGUUCCGAUAUUAAUAACAUUUUACUACACUUAAUACCGCUAUAUACAUGAGCUCUUCUUAAGGAAUUGCUUUAUCCAUACCUCUAAAAUUCUUGCUUAUGGUUUAUUCUUAUUCAUUAAUAUUUUCAAAUCAUAAUUCACUUAUUUGCACAUUUGAAGUUUCUUUUGAAGAUA